UCCUUACAUACACUCUGGGCUACACGUCACAUUAAUAAAAACAAAGUACCGAAAAUCUAUAAAACGGUUAUAUCGAUUGCCGAUAUCAUUUUAUUUUCAAGCAAAUUUUUUUUGAACAAUGGAUGACCAAGGCUGUCCACGCUGUAAAACAACGAAGUAUCGGAAUCCAUCGCUUAAGUUAAUGGUAAACGUUUGCGGUCAUACAUUGUGCGAAAGUUGUGUCGAGCUACUGUUUCUAAAAGGAUCCGGCUCGUGUCCCGAGUGUAAUGUAGCAUUGCGUCGUAGCAACUUUCGAGUGCAACUGUUUGAGGAUUCCAAAGUAGACAAAGAGAUCCAAAUUCGAAAAAGGAUCUUAAAGGAUUUCAACAAAAAAGAAGAUGAUUUUAACUCGCUGGAUGAAUUCAACAAUUAUUUGGAAAUGAUCGAGGAAAUUGUGUUUAAUUUGUGCAAUAACAUCGACAUCAUCAAUACUAACAAGCGCAUUGAACAGUACAAAAAAGAGAAUCGGGAUAUAAUUCUCAAGAAUAAAACUAAACUUAGCAAGGAUGAGCUUGAGCUGGAGCAGCUGAUUGAAAUUGAAAAAGAGGAGUCUGAGCAACGUAAGAAAGAGCUGACAAUGAUUGAACUAGAAAUGCGUAAGCAAAAGGCAAAGAAUAAAGAGGAUUUGAUUGAUUCGUUGAUGGCUAGUUAUGACGAUGCCAGCGCAAUCGUGGAUAAAUUUGCACAGCGAGCUGAAAAGCAACAGCAAUUUCCUCUACCGAAGCCGUUGGCUCCUCCGCCACCCAAACAAACUCAUUUCUCUACCGGUAUCAAGUUUCAGUCGCAGCAUGGAUUUCUUCCGGUACCAAAAGUUGAAGAAGGUCCCUGUUAUACUUAUCAGCCGCAAAUAUUCCCUAAGGAAGGACCAAUUCCUCCGUCUAUGGCCGAUAUUCAGAACAAUGGUUACAUAGCUUUUAUAAGACCACAAACGUUAGCCGAGCAAGCAGGAGGAUUCAAUACACACAUUUCAUGCUUACGAGCAAUCCAGGAUGCUUUAGUUGGAUUGUAUCAUGGCUGUUAGCAUAGCUUGUUUAUUUUGAUUUCUGCAUUAAAGCCCGCGGACGAUAUUAUUGUUUAUAAAAAUAUGAAAGACAA